AACUGUCAUUUUUUGUUAUCUAUUUAUCUAUGUCUUUGGUCAUUCAUUAAAAUGGCGUCCUUGUCGAGCCUAUUACCAGCACCAGUUCAGCAAGUAUGGGACAGAGAUGACGAACGACAGGGCCAGCGUGUCGGCAGCGCCUUAGUCGUAUCUCAGACAAGUGUGCCACCAUAUGGGCAGAGGAAAGGAUGGGUACCACGGGCGGAGGAAGAUUAUGGAGAUGGAGGUGCAUUCCCGGAGAUCCAUGUUGCUCAGUACCCACUGGGUAUGGGAGCACGUGGCAAGGAGAGCACAUCCAAUGCACUGGCGGUGCAACUGGAUGAGGCUGGACGAGUUAAAUACUCGGCAAUCGCAAGACAAGGCCAUAGUGCUGAUAAGAUAAUAUAUUCUAAGUUGACUGAUUUAUUACCAUCCGAAGUGUUGGCAGAAGAUGAUCCAAGUCUCCAGAAGCCAACGGAAGAUGAUAUUCAGGAUAUCACAGAAAAGACAAAGCUGGCACUUGAGAAGUUGACUAAUGCUAAAAUAUCUGCCGCCUUGCCUGUUAAAGCAGCUCCUAAGGCUGCUCCAGCUCAGUACAUAAGAUAUACACCGGCACAACAAGGAGGCACAUUUAACUCUGGUGCAAAGCAGAGAGUCAUCAGGAUGGUAGAAGCGCAAGCGGACCCCAUGGAGCCUCCACGCUUCCAGAUCAACAAGAAGAUCCCGCGCGCGGCACCUUCGCCUCCAGCACCCGUGUUACACUCCCCUCCUCGGAGAGUCUCCGUCAAACAGCAGAGGGACUGGAAAGUACCACCUUGUGUGUCCCAUUGGAAGAACGCUAAAGGUUACACAAUACCAUUGGAUAAGCGCUUGGCUGCGGACGGCAGAGGAUUACAACAAGUACAUAUUAAUGAGAACUUCUCAAAGCUUGCCGAAGCUUUAUACAUAGCUGAUCGUAAAGCCAGGGAGGCGGUAGAGGCCAGAGCUCAGCUGGAGAGGAGAUUGGCGCAGAGGGAGAAAGAGAAGAAAGAAGAACAUUUGAGAAUGUUAGCUCAGAGAGCCAGAGAUCAUAGAGCAGGUAUUAGACCGGCAGAGGAGGAGACGGAGAGUAUUGAGCCGGAGGAGGGACUGUCGGAUGCGGACAAGGCAGAGCGUGACCGUCUGCGCGCAGAGCGGCACAAAGAUCGCCAGAGAGAGAGAAAUCUAGCUAGAGCCGCGCCAGAUAAAAGAUCUAAACUAGUGAAGGACAGAGAAAGGGAUAUAUCCGAGCAGAUUGCUCUGGGUAUGCCGGCUAAAACAAACCAGGGUGGUGAAGGGAUGUUUGACCAGAGGUUGUUCAACAAUAGCAAGGGAAUGGACAGUGGCUAUGGUGACGACGAAGCAUACACAGUUUAUGACAAGCCGUGGCGCAACCAAGACACAGUGGGUGCACAUAUCUACAGACCCACUAGAAAUGCCGAUAAAGAUAAUUACGGAGGGGAUAUUGAUGCUAUUGUUAAUACUAGGAGAUUCGUAGCAGAUAAGGAAUUUGCAGGAACGAGCAGUAAUAACACACGCGCAGGACCUGUGCAGUUUGAGAAGGACAAUCCCUCCGCCAGAGAGGAACCUCAGGGUCGUAGCCAGUCUGAUGCUGACUUUGAUCCGUUCGGUCUGGAUCGGUUCUUGAGUGAGGCGAAGCGAGCAGACAAGUCCGGUCGCAAACGAGACCACCACGACCAUCACGAUAGACACGACACACACAAGAAGAGGAGAGACUAGUAGAUCUACUUAAGGGCCACCUUAAUGAUUAAGACAUUUGUACUAAAUAGUAAUGUCACACUUUGUAAUAUGAGUGAACAAUAUAACCAUGGGUUUUCACUGCCGGUACAUCUAUUCAAAAACAUUUUGUUAGUUUUUAUACAGGUAUUUCGACAGUGGAAACCCACGGGAAGGAGUUUAGUUUUAUUAUAUGAUCGUAAGUUGUGUAAUGGUGUUCAUUAAUAAACUUUGUAAAUAUGUAAGUUGUAAUUUUAAUCAGAUAUU